AGCGUUUCGCCCGGACAACUGUGCUAUGAGUUGGUCUCUGUGGAUUGCCUGCCUCACCCUGGUCUGCAGCAGCCGGGCUGACGCAGGUAACAACAGAGCAGAACCUCGCACGGUGGUUGGCCGAAAAGGAGAGAGCGCCCUGUUGGACUGCAACUUGCUCAAGCCGGACGAGGCCAGUCCCCCUCUCUACGUCAUCGAGUGGGUGCGAUUUGGUUUCCUGCUCCCCAUCUUUAUCAAAUUCGGGCUGUAUUCCCCCCGUGUGGAUCCCGACUACGUUGGGCGCGUGCGGAUCCAAGGGGGGGCCUCUCUGCAGAUCGACCGGCUGCGUGCCCAGGAUCAGGGCUGGUACGAAUGCCGGGUGCUGUUCCUCACCCGUCCCAAUACCGAUGACGAAUUCCAGAAUGGCACCUGGAUCCACCUCAUUGUCAAUUCUCCCCCCGUCUUCCAGGAGACCCCGCCGGCUUCCAUAGAGAUUCAGGACCAAAAGUCUCUAACUCUGUCCUGUUCGGCCACCGGCAAUCCGCAGCCUGCCGUCUCUUGGAAGAGGGACAGCCGAACCCUUGAAAACGGAACCGAAGUUCAGGUGAAAAACGGGACUCUCUCCUUUGCUAGAGUUGGACGGGCCUAUGCUGGGCUGUACACCUGCCAGGCCAGCAACCAGGAAGGCACUGUCAUUCACACAACCCGCCUCCUAGUCCAAGGGCCACCAGUGAUUGUGGUGCCCCCCCAGGAUGUCACCGUCAACCUCACCCAAGAUGCCUUUUUGGCUUGUCAAGCUGAAGCCUACCCGGCCAACCUCACCUACACCUGGUUUCUGGGGGCCACCAACGUGUUUCAUCUCAGCCAUCUCCGGUCGCGGAUUCAAAUCCUGAUUGAUGGAAGCCUCUUGGUCCAGAGAACAACCCCGGAGGAUUCGGGAAAAUAUACUUGCGUUCCCAGCAACGGGCUGAGGAAGCCCCCAUCGGCUUCUGCCUUCCUUACGGUUCUGUAUCCAGCUCGAGUCAGUGACAUGCCUCCGGAGACCUUUCUGCCCAUCGGAAUGCAAGGCAUGAUCAGGUGCCCCUGCCAAGCCAACCCCCCGCUGCUCUUCGUCAGCUGGAUCAAGGACGGGCAGGCCUUGGAGAUAGGCAAGUUCCCAGGCUGGUCCCUGAAAGCCAAUGGGACUAUUGUGAUUGCCACUUGCAACGACGAUGCCCUUGGUGUGUACGCUUGCACCCCGUACAACAGUUUUGGAACAGCUGGCACUUCAGCGCCCACACGCGUCCUCCUCAAGGAUCCUCCCGCGUUCACCCUGCAGCCCAAAGAAGAAUAUUUCCAGGAAGUGGGUCGGGAGUUGCUAAUUCCAUGCGUUGCCCAAGGGGACCCUUUACCCAUCAUCUCUUGGACAAAAACGGGUAGCAAGACCCUGGUCAACGCUCAGGUGGACAGGAACAGCAGCCUGGUCCUGCGGCCCCUGACAAAGGAGCAGCACGGCUCGUGGGAAUGCACCGCCAACAACGGUGUGGCCAGGGUCAGUGCCGCCACCGCAGUCUACGUGUUGGGCACCAGCCCCCACGCCGUGGCCAAUGUCUCUGUGUGGCCUCUGCAACAGGCCGUUAAUGUAACCUGGGAGCCAGGAUUUGAUGGCGGCUAUUUCCAAAGAUUCAGCAUCUGGUACACGCCAAUAUUGAGACGCCUGAACCGCCCCCACCACGACUGGGCCUCGCUGCCAGUGCCUGUGGGGGCUUCCCACAUCCUCGUGGAGAACCUGCAGCCGGACAUGAGCUAUCAGUUCAGCGUGUUGGCCCAGAACAAGCUCGGCAGCGGCCCUUUCAGCGAAAUCAUCUCCACCAUGCCUCUGGGGCUCCCAACUCAGACUGUGCCCCCGGUCCUUCCAACCACCGCCUCCCUGGUCUUCCUUUCCCCACCUCAAUCCCUGAGAUCCAAUGAGACCACGCGGGGCGUCCUCCUCCUGUGGGAACCUCCACUCCACGACCCUUUCGCCUUGACUGGAUAUUCCCUGGAGAUGCGCCAGAAUCAGGGAAGGUGGGAAUUCCUGAGUGGAAUCAUUCCCAGCUCCGAGACCCAGUUCCUGGUGCCUGGACUCAUCAAGGACACCUUCUAUGAGUUCCGCCUGGUGGCCUUUGCCGGUGGCUACAUCAGUGACCCCAGCAAUGUGGUCAAUGUUUCAACCAUGGGAAUGGAGGUGUACCCUUCCCGUACCCAACUCCCCGAGGUCCUACCCCAGCCUGUGCUGGCUGGCGUGAUCGGCGGCGUCUGCUUCCUCAGCACGGCCGUCAUCUUCAGCACCAUGGCAGCUUGUGUCAUGAACCGGAGGAGAGCAGCCCGUCUCCGCAAACGCAGGCAAGAUCUACCAAUUGUGUUUUCCUCCACCAAGAAGCUUCUGCCCGCACAGCAUUCUGCAGGUGCUGCUAGCCCAGACAGCAUUAUGAAGCUGAAAUUCCAGGGCUCUCCGUAUCAGAGCCUUCGCCGCACCCUCUUCUGGGGAGACAAAGCCGCCCGUAAACUCAGUCUCGAUAUCUCGGGGGGCCAUGUGGCGAACAGCGCCAAAUACGUCCUCUACGAGAGCCACGUGGGCGAGCCGCUUCCUCUCGAACGCAUCUCCCGAGGAUCCGAUGGCCGCUUCGUGGUGCAAAGCGAGGAUGCGUCACAAGAGCAGCAGGUACCCGUCUCCCGCCUGUCUGUGGAGAGCGUCGAGGGCCCGCCGGAGCCCUAUCUGCAAGUCUUCUCUCCUCUCGAGGAGCCCGUGUGGCAGAGGAGUGUCCACCUGAGGCCCAAGAACCCCGGGCAGGCCCAGGUGUCUGGCCAUCGCCAAGGCCGCUAUUUUGACCACAGCAGCAGCACCCUGACGGAGGAGGCCCAGCCCUUGCGUGUCGUCAACCUCAGCCCACUGGCCACCGUGCCGUACGGAGCUCUCCAGGAUACCCCCUGGCCUCCGGGCUCCGGGGCCUCUUCCCCUUCCUCCUCACCACGCCGUACGUCGAAGGCUUCGCCUCGGUCUCCGAGCUCCCAGGCCAGUGCGAGUAAUUCUGCCCAAAGCGGGAUCCUCCAGUAUCUGAGCAUGCCCUUCUUCAAAGAGAUGAACGUGGAUGGCGACUGGCCACCAGAGGACAAUGAGAAGGAGGAGGCGCCAUCGCUGGAGCCCGUCUCCCACGAGCCCGGUCUUGUGGGCAGCGCCAAGCGCCCGCCUUUGCCAGACCAGGACAAAGUGGCGGGUCCAGCCUACAUGGACAUGGAGCCUGAUUCCCACUCCAUUCAGGAUCAGCUUGCAGCCCCGUCUCUCCUCAGGCUCCCGGAUCCUGAUACGGGUCCAGUGAAGGCCCCCUUACCAGGGUCCCCGGCUUGCCCGCUUUACCUCUGCUCUGAGGCGGAGACCCCACCACCGAAGGAGCAAGGACCUUGGUUCUGGAUGUUCUCCUCCUCCUCCUCCUCCUCCUCCUCCCCAUCCCAGCCCCUUCAGGAUCGCCCCCAGGCCGAGCUGCCCUGCCCAGCCCUCCCCUCGCCCGAGCUGCCUUCCCAGUUCCUGCCCCCCGAGAAACACAAACUGCCCACGGCCAGUUUCCCACCAGGCCCCCCCUCUGAGAAAUUCCUGAGGGGCAGCUUGACCAGCCAAAGCAGCGGACGGGGCAGUGUGUCUUUCUUAAGGCCUCCGUCGCUGGCACCCUCGUUGGCGGGCAGCUACCUCAGUUCCCCGUUCGGAGAAGUGGCCAGUUGUCAAAGCAGCUCUCUGGGAGAGGAGAACAGAUCCCAAAAGGAGAAUUUAGUGGUUGCGCUGGAGAAAAGGAGAAACACUUCCGUGGAUGAGAACUACGAAUGGGACUCCGAGUUCGCUCUGGAGUCGGAUUUGCUGGAUGCCCUGCAACUCUAUCGGAGCGGAGACCCCAAAAGGCCCAUUUCCACCAUCGCGGCCCAUGAGUUGGAGAAACAGAGCUCCAAAGGUUCGACCGAAUCCAGCAGCACUUCCCCUUCCAGUUCACAAUCGGUCAGCGCCUUGGAUGGGUCCGUCUCUCCCCUGCCCUUGGCCAGCCCGGAGGAGCGCUGUGCCGCCCUGCGCAAAGAGUUCCUGGCUUACCGCCGUCGGCGAGAAAUGAUCCAGCAACGGCGGCAGAAGAUGGAGCCCAGCGGAAAGGAUGAGCGAUUUGAGCAAGCCACAUUGUUCUAAAGCAGUGAUUCUCAGCCUUGGCGACUUUAAGAUGGGUGGACUUCAACUCCCAGAA